AUGUCUUCCGAGUACGAAUACGUCCAGCAGCAACAUAACAGCGCUCCUGUGGAUACCAAUUCGCUACAACUACCAGAUAUGGCACCGGAAGGGGAAAUCCAACUGCUCUCCGACCCGCUAGAUCUGGAGAUCGCAAGACUAUUGGACGAUGACAAUGUUUCACCGUCUGAAACCGCCUGUUCAUAUUGUGGACUCGACUCACAUGCUUCAGUGGUUAAGUGUGGCACAUGUAACAGAUGGUUUUGUAACGGCUCGUCGCUGCGUUCUGGCUCGCACAUCAUCAAUCACUUGGUUCUUCUGAAACAUAACGUUGUUUCUCUCCAUGAAGACCUGCCACUAGGCGCCGAUACUUUGGAGUGCUACAAUUGUGGAACGAAAAAUGUAUUUAUGUUAGGUUUUGUGGCCGCUAAACACGACUCGGUGGUUGUGAUUUUGUGUCGAAUGCCAUGUGCUCAACUGCGAGACAUCAAUUGGGAAACCAACGAGUGGCAGUCGCUCAUUGACCAGCGCAAGCUUUUGCCAUGGAUUGCUCCCGUACCCAGCGAUGAGGAUAUGGCACAUACCCGCAGCAUUACCCAGGAACAGCUUCUGAAACUCGAGGCACAAUGGAGAAUGAACAAAAACACAUCCAUCGUGGAUAUUGACAAUGCAGAAGCGGAGCAGCUGACGCUUUUGCCGAUUUUAUUGAGAUAUAAUGAUGCAUUGGAGUACCAGAACGUUCUUGCGCCGCUCGUGGAGGCUGAAGCCGAGUAUGACAAAAGUAUGAAGGAAUCUCAGGCUUUGGAACACAUUCUGGUGCAAUGGAGUACUUCUGACACGGGCCGCCAUUUGGCACUCUUCACGUUGUCAACCUAUGAGCAUAGUAAUUUGGCAGUGACAGUUGGAGACCAGAUAGUGCUCCACCACCGAGAAUUUGGUGCCAGCGAAAAUGAUUCUUGGAGGGCUGAGGGUUUCAUCACCAAAUUGCCUAGUGCCCAUCACGAGGAGUUCACGUUAGAGUUGCUGGCGCGAAGCGUCCCAAUUCCUGUUUCCACGGGGUUCACUGUAGAGUUUGUGUGGAAAGGAACGUCAUACAAAAGAAUGCAGAAAGCCUUGGUUGAUUUCGCCACCAACGAGCAGUCGCUCAGUGGAUAUCUCUACCACAAGAUCUUGGGCCACGAAGUUGUUGGGGUGGAGUUUACUACGGACAUACCUUCCAAGCUAACUGUGCCUAAACUUGCCAGUCUCAACCAGUCUCAGAUACAUGCCGUGGCCACUGCUCUAAAAAUGCCAUUGACUUUAAUCCAGGGCCCUCCGGGAACAGGAAAAACCGUCACAUCUGCAACUAUUAUCUAUCAUUUGUCACGCUUGCACAAGCAGCGGAUCUUAGUAUGUGCACCUUCAAACGUGGCUGUGGACCAUUUGACCGAGAAGUUGGCUCAGAUCGGCAUCAAGGUGGUUCGUCUUACUGCCAGACUGAGAGAAGAUGUCGAGAGCACCACCUCAUCGCACUCUCUACACAAGAAAGUACAGCGAAUGGCACCUAAAGAAGUCCAACAACUUCUUGCUAGAAGUCAGUCAGAAGAAGGUCUUUCGAAGAAGAAGCAGGCUCGCUUACAACGACAGAUCACAAAACUUGAGCAGCAGAUUCUUGAGCUGGCCGAGGUGAUCUGUUGCACAUGUGUGGGAGCAGGCGACUUCCGUUUAAGCAAAAUGGAGUUCCGGUCAGUGCUUAUUGAUGAGAGCACGCAAGCCACUGAGCCGGAGGUUCUCAUUCCGAUCGUCAAAGGUGCGAAACAGGUGAUCUUGGUGGGAGACCAUCAGCAAUUGGGUCCUGUGAAUUUGGAUAAGAAAGCCGGUGAGGCUGGAUUGAACCAGUCGCUAUUUGAAAGACUUAUCUGCCUUGGCAAUGUGCCGAUACGCCUUGAGGUUCAGUAUAGAAUGCACCCAUCCCUUUCGGAAUUUUCCUCCAACAUGUUUUAUGAGGGUCUGCUUCAAAAUGGAGUAGCCUCCGAAGACAGGAGCUGGCCCGAUUCUGCCUUCCCAUGGCCGGUUGCUGACAGCCCCAUGAUGUUCUGGGGUAACUACGGUAAGGAAGAGAUUUCUAGUUCUGGAAACUCGUUCUUGAAUCGUCUUGAGGCAAUGAACGUGGAGAAAAUCAUCACCAGGCUCUUUAGAGAUGGCAUCGAACCUCACCAGAUUGGAGUCAUCACGCCAUACGAGGGCCAGCGGGCGUACAUUGCCCAAUACAUGCAAAUGAACAGUCUGAUUGUGGAAAAAAGAUCGCAGUACGUGGAGGUGGAGGUAACUUCUGUGGAUGCGUUCCAGGGUCGGGAAAAGGAUUUCAUCAUUCUACUGUGUGUACGUGCCAACGACGAUCGGGCCAUUGGUUUUUUGCGGGAUCCUCGUCGUUUGAACGUGGCCUUGACUCGUGCUAAAUAUGGAAUGGUUAUGUUGGGGAAUCCACGUUCAUUGAGUAAGAACAAGCUCUGGAAUCAUUUGCUCGUUCAUUUCCGUGAACAUGGAUGUCUUGUGGAGGGACCUUUGGACAAUUUGCAAUUCUCAAUGAUUCCAUUGGGAAAGAUUGAAACGACCAAGAAGCAGGGCAUCGAAGCACUUCGAGGCGUCGGUGCCAAAGAUAUGGAUACACAGCUGAUGAUUUCUUUCGUCCCCGAUGAAGUUCCAGAAUUCCAACCGCAGCAACAGCCAGAGGAUGCGCUCGAGCAAUGGCCUAGUCUCACUUCUAAUGAGGCUGGAAAGUUGAAGCUGGAGCAAAGAUCUGGGCUUUUUGGCCCGGGUAGAGGUGUUGUGCCUCACGGCGAAGCGGAGACGGGCGAUUUGGAGAUUGACCUACGCAGCAUAGCCAAUGCCUUUGCCAGCGGGCUAAACAUUUAA